CAUGCCCUUAAAACAUGCCCUUAAAUCUGAAACAUGCCCUUAAACAUACCCUUAAAUAAACAUGCCCUUAAAACAUGCCCUUACGAUGAGAACCAGUCGUGGUGGUUUUAAAGUCUGAGUGAAAACCGCCGGACAGUCCUGUAUGGUGAGUACAGUAAAAGGUAGAUUAUACCAUUACGCGGUACCGGCCAGAUGUAACCCAACUCCACUCCUCAUACCGACCCGACUCCUCCGCUGGCUAAGAGGGUUGCUUGGUAGCUCUAGCAGUAACACUAACUGCAUAGCUGAGGCUCUCAGCAGGAGGACCAUUUGGGAUGAAACUGGGCAUUGAGCUGGGGAAGGAGCUGCCCAGGAGAAAUGCUAUAGAGAUGUCACUGACUGGGAAGCUGAGGUUAACUAGCUGGGCUCAGGCCAGCAGAGGAGGUACAACCAGGACCGGGGCUGGAACUAGUAGGGCGGGGGAAGGAGCUAGGAAAACUGCUAGGAAGCCAUGUCAGUAGCUGGGAGGGUUGUGCAAUCCACUGUCAUGUCUUUUUGCUAUUUCUGUUUCCGUAGUUGGCGCCACCGGAGGCAUCUUGUUUCUGGAUACAUGUACUGGUAGAUAUCGGUACCUGCGGUAAUAUUUUACAAGUUGGGGUAAGCAUAUUUGACAGCAAAGACAAACGCAACAAUUCGCCAUCCCCUUCUCGUCCAUUGGCAGUCCAUUUCAGGUGCCUACUUCACCACGCCCAAGUUGAGAGAAGCCAUUGGUGCAGACUUCACCACGGGCUUGACCAUGGCAGAAGAGCUUGCUAAUAGCGUUGCUAACAGUGUCGUUGCGGCUCUGUUGGAGAAGCCGGUAGUAGCGGCGGCGACGGUAGCCGAGGAUCCAGCACAGCCGAUUGCGAAAUUGCCCAUCGAAGGAGGAUUUGGGAACCUCGUCGAUCCUGGAAAUCCUCAACCUCUGACCUUUCACCAACCAACUGCUCCUGUAGCCAAUGAUGCAGAUAAUACCCAUGAUGACAAUAAGAGCAGGGAUGCUCCUGGUGUGACAUUGGACGGCGGCGAUGAGGGCAAACCCACUGCCAAGGAUGACGGCUUGAAUUUGGAUGCGCUCCCCAAGGAAGGUGAUGACAAUGGCGGCACCGCGGAGACUAAGGAAGGAGAAGUCGGAGUCGUCGACGGCAAGGGAGACGGCAAAGACGACAAGAAAAAGGGAGCCAAGACGAUCACUCGCAUUCGUUACUCCAACGAUUUCAAAGUGAAACUCCUCGAUGAAUUGGAAGUGCUUAAUGUCACCGUCGCCGAAAUGGCUCGUCGACACAAGUUGCCCGAAGCUACCAUUCGCGAUUGGGUCAAAACCAAGGACAAGAUCAUCACGGCACAAGUCAAUAGACGCGGUUCUGCCAAGAGCAAUUCCAGAGACAACCUCCAAAAGGUCACGGACACCCUGCGAACAUUCAUGGAUAUGAACGAUCGUUUGGAGGCGUCGGGGAGCAGUAAAUUACCCAUCACCAAUGCCAUGAUUGCCAAGCAGGGACAAGAAAUCAAAGCCUUGCUCCUGGAAAAGGACGCCAAAAAGCCCUUUUUGACGGCGCAGGAACGAAAAACUCUCAAUGCUUUUAACGCUAGUAUUUGGUGGAGUAAAAAAUGGGCCAGAAAACACAAUCUGCACAGCGUGGGUCACCGAGAGGCUGCCAAAGCUGCGGCUGCACUGUCGUCGCAAGUGCCCGAGAUUCGAAGAUCCUACAGCAAAGAUCAUGUUUUCUUCGUGGUGGAUACCAUGCUAUUCUACAAGGUGUUGCCAACCCGGUCGGUGGUGGAAAAUCCAGUGGAAGCUGGGAAUAGCGCACCCAAGUAUCUGGAUACCCUCAAGGGCCGGCUGUCCUUGUUCAUUUGUUCCAACAGUUCUGGUGGACACAAGAUCCCUCUCACCAUGAUUUCCGACGAGAAGAAUCCACCCAGCUUUGUGGGCAAACGACAAAGGCUGUUCCCGCACAUUUACCAAGAGAACGCUUGGGCCAACCCCAAAGCAUUGUUGACGUGGUGGAAGGAGACUUUUCUACCCAACAUUCGCGAAUGGACAGAUGAGAAGGUCUUGCUAAUCUUGCAGAAACCAAGCAUUGUCGAUCUGGACGACCCACAGGAUCAAGUUCGAGUGAGGUUCUUGCCACCACUCUUGGCCAACAAUCACAACAGCACAUCGGACGGACUGAGCAUUAGCAGCUUUUUUGAAACUCCAAUAAAGCUACUCAGUGUGGUCAAGACCAAGUACCGAUACUAUCUCUUGAAAGAGGUCUUUCAAGUCUUUGAAGAACGUCACCAACGUCGAGAAGUGGCCGACGCUGCCAACUUUCGCUACCCGGGGCUCAAACAGGGCCACCUCCCUCACCUCCAGGAUUGCAUGAGAAUCCUCAACGACGUCUGGAACGAGUUGCCCCCCGAGGCAAUUGGAAGCGUUGAUGAUGAGGACGGGAAGAAGAAAAAGAAGCGACGAAGACGAAAGAAAAAGGGAACCUCUGAAGAAGAUAUCAUUGAGAACGAUUCGAUGGGCUUUACGGAUGGGGUAGGAACGGAUGAACUCAUCAAAGACAUUGUCCUUUUCUUCCGUAAGAACGACGGGGAUGUACGUUCGCUCCCGACGAACGAUGAACUCCUCAGUGCGCUGGACAAGUCCGUAGCGGAAGUGAAGCGUUGUUUUGUAAACGACAAGCUGCUUUUGCAAUCCAAUCAAGAGGAAUUGCGACGGAUUCUUCGGAACUGGAUCGGUCUGGAAGAGAGCCAAGAGGUUCGACAAAUGCUACAGACGGAGAUUCUUAGCGGGAUGAAGUUUCGCUUGAUCGUUGGCGUGGAUGAUGUGGACAACGAGGAGGAGGAGCCAAGGGAAAAUGACAAAGCAGAUGGGAAAACCGAUGACACAGCAGCCAACAACGACAAGGUGGCAUUGGAUGUCGCAACCCAACUUUUGCAGUGUGCGGUUCGUUUGUCCAAAGAAAACUCGGCGUUUCACAAUCUUGCAUCCCAGCUGGUGGAGGCCAGCGACGCAGCUUUCGUUGCCCUGCGUCUAUCGAAACUGCCACCUGAACUGAGGGAAAAGAAGGAACCUCUGCCAAAGAAGAAAAGGAAGCCAAGGACUACAUACGGCCCUCGAAAGAAGCGGGUCAAGCUUGCUGAAACCGACGGCGAAAAAGUCGAUAAGGAAGACGAGGAAGAGAUAACGAAGGAUGCCGUCAACGAUGUCGACAUGAAACCGGCGGGCGAACCCGACAAGGAAGCGGAAGACACCGGUCGGAUUGAUCUUCCCGCGAAAGACGAUCCACCUAAAGAUCCCGUGGACGACUAUGAUGGAACCGUGUUCAUCGAAAUUUAGAGUGGAAGGAUUCAUCAUUCAAUCUUGCUGUCCAAUAGUCCCAGCCUUGCUUUUCCGGAUGUUCGUACAAAGCUUGCUGGUUUGUUCAAGCCAAGCUAGGAGGCUUGGAGUUUCCUCACAAUUUCAAUUUCCCAAUAUGUGAUAGCCGUAAAAAAAGCUACAGAAUAAUUGGUUUCUAGAUUGGCGUGACAAUUAAAUACAAGCUUUAGCUAGCUAAAGGCAAGCCAAUGCCAUCAAAUCUAAAAAAGCAUUCCAACAUCAUCGGUACAGGAAGACGGAGGUGCGAGAGACGGCAUUUUAGAUACCGCCACCACGUCCGAAUCCACCCCCUCCUCCGCCUUCGCGUCGACCGCGGUAUUCCCGGUCACCGCCGCCGCCGCCACCACGGAAGGCAGGACGUCCGCCACCAAACUUGUCUUCCUCGCGAUCCCGUCCCUCGGGGCGAGCAGCAGACUUCUUGUGUGUUGCAGGGACAAUUUCGUCAGGGAGACCCAAAUAGGUCCUCAAGUAGGCAAUACCGGCAUCUGUCAAGUAACAGUAGUUGUAUUGCCAGCUGAAGGUAAUACGAACGAAUUCUCGGGAUUCCAGAGACUUCAUCAACGCGAGGACCUCCAAGUUGGUGGGUCCCUCAAUCUGAGGAUGUGUGGCAGACUUGGUGUCUUUCUUGACAACACAGACUCCCUCCUUGAAAAGGUAGCUGAAAACAGCGAUACGGUUCUCUUUGGGGAUAAACAUCUUGCUCUAUACAAUCCAAUGAAAGGAUAUGCCUGUCGUAUUUGAAAGCAAACACGAAAACUUGAUAACAAAACAGAGUUGAACUGUUGAGUGAGGAGGGAGGUUGAUGAGGCCCCGAUAUAUCGAUUUGCUUUGCUUGGUCAGAGAGGUGACAAGCGCAGAAAUUUGUAGUAAACCGAAAAGUGGUAAGCUAUUUUUUCAGAAAAAUAGAAAUGUAAAAUGUAAAAUUGACAUUCUGACGCUGCCUCAAACUGUGACUGGCCCGCAGUACUAGUACGCUACAUGUACGAUGGAUGUACCAGGUACCGGUACCUGGUACCUACCUGUGACUGGCGUGCGCACAUCCAAUAAUCGUGUUCGUGGAAAAGUCCAAGACCCAUUGCCAGUCGAAUGCCCUGAUGCCUUGAUCGCAGCAGUGGCUUUCUUGAUCCCAUAGCGCAAUCUUUCAAUUGACUGAAGAUCUUGUCCUCGCGCGCGUCAAUAUCCGUGCUUACUUUGAGGCUGUCUAUUAAUAGCUACCGUAAUCUAGCAUCGUAACCAUAGC